AUGUUACGAGUUCGUGAAAAUUUUGUUCAGGUUAGAUUUUAUCAAAACAAUAAUGGUCAUAUUUUUAUUAAAUUAAAUGAUGGUACAAUGAUUGAUGUGCCAGGAACAACGGGCACAAAACGACAUCAUCAUCAUCAUCAUCAUUCAUCAAAAACGAACAAAACAGCAGCUGCAAGAGCAGCAGCAAUGGUUAAUCAUGAAACUGGUAAGUUAUAA